AUGGCCGCAGAGUCAUUUAUUCAACGUCCAGAGCUUCGCCAGCAGUCAGUCAUUCACCAUCGCUCAGGUGCAACAUGUAUAAACCCUGACCCGACACUGCCUCUUCCUCCUUUCCAGCAACACCUUCUCAAAAGUGCGCAUGUGAUGCCCAGCUCGGACUUUGCUAAACGACCGUCCAAGAAACUCUUAUCGAUUCGAUAAGGGACCGCAAGGCAAGAGGCCUCAAAAAAGACGACAUCCGAGAGGACAAACCCUCCCUCAUCCACGCACCCGAUCAACGUGUUCUGCAUAGGAGUAGCCAACGUCUCGCCAUGUCUCCUCAAGAUGGCGAUGUUAAGAGCAAGGUCGCCCGCAAGUUGACCAAGAGAAGAAGGGAAGGUCACCAUGUCACCAUGGAGAUUCCGGAACGAUUCAGAGAUGGUGAUGAUGCCGAUAUGGACUUCACGAAACCGCCGGUAGAAGGGGGAAACGCCUUCAUGAACCAGUCGUUGCUAGGCAUGAUCGCCAACGCCAGCCGUUCGCAGGUUGAUUUCAAUUCCCGAUUCAAUCCACCGUCCAGCGACGACGAAGAUGACGAAUCUGCGAUACCUCCCUCGCGGAGCGCUGGCCUGCAGACGAACAAGUCAAGAAGGCAGGAAAAGGCACCGGAAGAUCCAGAGAAAGCGAGUAAGCCGGAAAAGCAUCACCUGCGGAAGUUUUCAGAGAAUAAGUUGCUGCGGUCUCUGUCUGGGUUAGGAACGAGAUCAAAGUCAAAAUCGUCCAGAACCUCCACAAGAACAACGAGUACUGGCUCUCCCGAACCAGAGACUCCCUCCGAACCGACCCCCCGUACCAUACAACUCCCCCGAACAGCCUCGCGAGAAGCUCCAGUCAUGAGCCGAAUGUUAGAGGCAAAAGCGGAGUUGGCCAUGAGACCAAGUUCCGACUUAUUCCGCCCAGACAAUAUCGAGGAGGAAGAUAAUGAGGACAAGAACGCAAGCAAUUUGGCGCGGCGGCUGAUGGAGAUUUUUGAUUUUGAGAAACCGGAAGAUGUGAUAGAAGGUAUGUCGAGACUUUCACGGCAUCGGGAUAUGCUAACUUUCGAACAAGAAUAUCCUUGUUGGCUGCUGCAGGGUGUAUUACUACAAGGAUAUAUGUACAUCACUUCCAAACACAUCUGUUUCUUUGCCCUUCUACCAAAGAAAUCGGUACGAACAAUCACCUCGGAUGAUUACGCAAAAUUCUGCUAACAGCUAUUAGGACGAAGUUGCCAAGUCCGGAUACCUCUCAAAGUCCGGGAAACGAAAUCCGAAGUACAAUAGAUACUGGUUUCGGCUCAAAGGGGACGUCUUGUCAUACUUUUUGAAUCCUGCAGAUUUAUACUUUCCUUCCGGACAAAUUGACUUGCGUUAUGGUAUUUCGGCGAAUGUCGCGGAGAAAGCUUCUGGGAGAGAUGCAACUCAUUUUACCGUCGUGACUAAUCAGCGAACCUAUAAUUUCAAGGCCGACAGCAUCCCAAGCGCAAAGGAGUGGGUAAAAUCACUACAGAAGAUAAUUUUCCGGUCACAUAAUGAUGGCGACAGCGUCAAGAUUUCCUUGCCGAUUGCAAAUAUUAUUGACAUUGAUGACAGUCCGAUCAUUGGUUUUGCGGAUACAUGUAAAAUCAAGGUCAUCGAUAGUGAAGAUACAUAUGCAAUGGAUGAGGUGAGUUGGUUCUUUUAGUGGUGCACGUUUAUUGGUACUGACGUCGCCUCUAGUACUAUUUCUCAUUCUUUAGUUCUGGCAAAGAAGCUUUGAAUGUGCUGAAAAUUUUGGUUGAAGAUACUACUGCUCAAAAAAUACCGGAGAGUCUUCUUAGUCCACAAUUUCCUACGGCCGAUAAAUCGAGCUCCAGAGGUAGUACUUCUAGACGCCCUUCUUACCAUCAACCGACACGGGAAUCACGACCAGCAGCCCCUGCACCACUGCAGACCAAUGCCCCAAUGUUAGAAGAAAGGGUGCGGGCUACUCUAUCCCCAACACGUGCUCCCUUAAGCCCUCGAGCCAGUAGAGAUAUUAGCAGGGCGAGCUCCGAGGUGUUUCGACGGAGUAUGGACCUUUCAAAGCUUGGCCGAAGAAGUGUAGAUUUAGGUAGAGCGAUGGAUACAGGCAGGCGUAGUCUGAGCACCAGUCGAAGAAGCUUAAGUAGAAAUCGCCUUGGCGAGAGGCGGGCUUCAGAAAAGCAAGGCUCUUCUGAUUCAUUUGUACAUUCACUAGAGGAUCGUGGUUCAUCUGCUGCGAUACAUUCGACCAGUGACGAGACACAGGCUUCAGCAAGUCAAAUCCUUCGAGGCAGUGAUGUCUUCUUGUCACCGACUAUUCAGAGAUCAUCAUCUGCAACACGUCGCCGAGAUCAGGACGACGACUCAUCAUCCCAAUCACCGCCAAAUGAAAUGUCGAGCAAAAGACCUUCACCACGUCACGCCGCUACGACUGGUUCUGUAACAGGUUCAUCAUCCGGUCAACCCGAACAAAGUGCCUCGGGCCCAUCACUCCAAACCCUCGUCAAAGCAGGUGCAUACCCAUUGCAACGCGCAGCAGGCUUUGCUGGGUACCUCAACAAGCACUCAAAACGCAUGAGCACAUUGUUGGCGACGGAAUCGAUGGGCUACGUUGAGAAGGUUUCUGGGAUGUGGAAAGGAGGAAAGAAGCAUUACGAUAUGCCGCCGGGCAUGGCUCCAGAUGAUGACGCAUAUGGCACCGUGGAUGAAGAGGAAGCUGCCGCAUCUGGAGAUAACUUCCGCAAACAUUUUGCACUGCCAGAUACAGAAGUACUCCAAGCAUCCUACUUUGGCUGCCUACAACGAGUACUUCCACUGUACGGGAAGAUUUAUAUCAGCAAUCGGUCGUUCUGCUUCCGAAGUCUCUUUACACGUACCAAGUUGAUUCUUCCAUUAAAAGACAUCGAGAAUGCUGUCAAGGAAAAAGGUUCCCGCUUCGGCUGGUUUGGGUUGGUUGUCGUUAUCAAGGGCCACGAGGAACUAUUUUUUGAGUUCAAACCAGCAGAUCUCCGAGAUGAUUGUACCAUCACUUUACUACAGAAUAUAGGUACGAUCAAGUAUCUUCAAGAAUCCGGAAUCUUGGCAUCCGAGGAAAAAGAGGACGCCGAUAUUGCUAGUGCCGAAUACAAGGCACUCCAGCAAGCACGGCUGCAGCAGUUAUCGCAGGAUACCGUUCUUCCAAACACUGGGGAUGAAUCUAGCGGCGAAGCACCGCCAAUAUUUUUCGAUGACCCUCGUGCUUCCAUAUUAAACUUCAAGCCUACGCAGUCGUUACGAAUCACUUGCUUGACCAUCGGUUCGCGAGGUGAUGUCCAACCCUACAUCGCCCUGUGUAAAGGGCUAAUCAAAGAUGGUCACAAACCAAGGAUCGCUACCCACCUCGAAUUCAAGGACUGGAUUUUAGGCCACGGUAUCGAAUUUGAACCAGUUGCAGGCGAUCCUGCAGAACUCAUGCGCAUAUGCGUUGAGAAUGGCAUGUUUACCAUGUCGUUUUUCAGAGAGGCGAGCAGCAAAUUUCGUGGUUGGAUCGAUGAAUUACUGUCAACUUCUUGGAGAGCUUGCCAGGGCUCAGAUCUUCUCAUCGAAAGUCCAAGCGCAAUGGGGGGUAUUCACGUUGCUGAAGCGUUAGGGAUACCAUACUAUAGAGCUUUCUCCAUGCCAUGGACGAGAACCCGGGCAUACCCACAUGCGUUUGCUGUACCAGAUUACAAAAUGGGUGGUACCUACAACUGGCAAACUUACGUAUUAUUCGACUUCGUAUUUUGGACAGCAACUGCUGGGCAAAUUAAUAGAUGGAGGAAGAAGGAACUUGGGCUACAGUCGACAAGUCCAGAAAGACUGGGAGUGAACAAAGUCCCAUUUUUGUACUCAUUCAGUCCCUCGGUCGUUAUACCGCCGCUUGAUUUUAGCGAUUGGAUCCGGGUUACAGGAUACUGGUUCUUGGAUGAAGGCGGGAAAGACUAUACUCCCGAGAAAGAACUGACAGACUUCAUCAAGAAAGCUCGCGAUGACGGUAAGAAGCUUGUUUAUAUAGGUUUUGGAUCCAUUGUCGUCAGUGACUCCAAGGCUCUCACCGAGACCGUGGUUGCCUCUGUUCUGAAAGCUGAUGUGAGGUGCAUUCUUUCGAAAGGAUGGUCUGACCGCUUGGACAAAAAGGCAGCUACCGAAGUCGAAAUACCGCUUCCACCCGAGAUAUAUCUCGUGAAGCAAGUUCCACAUGAUUGGCUGUUCGCACAAAUUGAUGCUGCAGUUCAUCACGGUGGUUCUGGCACAACGGGCGCUAGUCUCCGAGCUGGCAUCCCCGCCAUCAUCAAACCUUUCUUUGGGGAUCAAUUCUUCUUUGGAACCAGGGUCGAGGACUUGGGCGUAGGUAUCACCAUCAAGAAGACCAAUGUCAGUCUCUUGGCGCGUGCUUUGUGGGAAGCGACCAACAGCGAAAGGAUGAUUGUCAAGGCCAGACGACUAGGUGAAGCCAUCAGAUCUGUAAGUUUACUCUAUCUGUACCUUUUGUAGUUGAUACUAAUCAAUGCUGUAGGAAGAUGGAGUUCAGACGGCUAUUCAAUCCAUCUACCGCGACCUCGAGUACGCGAGAGACCUCGUCAAGGCACGCAGUGGCAAAAUUCCUGAUGAUGCUCCCGAGGACUCAGAGGAGAGUUGGACAUUCAUUGGCGACGGUAAUGAUCCCGACUUAUUGAAGAAGAUUCAGGGUUGGGAGAGUCUUACAACGCGGGGGAAGACGGGGGAUUCUUCGGGGACGUCGACUUGAUUGAUUUUCUAAUCUGGGGGGGCUUUCUAAUAGACAUUGGUUACGACUCUCUGUUUUAUUUGUCAUUUUCUGUUCCCUUUCUGUUUUUUCUGGAAGCAGGCGAGGCAUUUGGAUCAUGAGCGUGCGUGCGAGUUUAGGCAUUAGGAUGGGUCGGCGCGCUACUAGGUACUAGGUACGAAUGACUUGCAUGAAGGAAUGAUAAUUUGUAUUUCAUUGAUGAGUAGGUAUGGAUGAAUCGCGGAAAGAGAUUUGGUAAUGGCGAGGCAGGCAGUCUUGGGAUUGAUUGGGUUUGGGGGUUGAGUGGGCUUGGAGAAGUGAGUGGGGUGGGUCUAUGCCGUGGGGGGUUAUAUACGUACGUAGACAGACAGGCAUGGAUUGGGGAUUAGGGAUUAGAGGAUAGUAAUUGAUGUAAUGAGGUUUAUUUGGGGUUUUUGUGAUGCUGCCAGGGUUUUUUGAUGUAAGAUACUUGAAUUAGGCGGAGCCACUAUUUACGUGAUCCACCCCGAUGAAAGGGUUGAACAUACUGGACAUCGCGUGAUAAAAUACCCAAAAAUUUAUUUUCAUUAUCUCAAACAUAUGGACUAAUCUGCGAUUUUGCUAUGUAUUUGGAACAAUCAAAUUAAUCCUUCAAAACCCAGGAGAUUCACGUGUUAGGUGAAGGGGUGUAAGGUCGGUCUACCACAUAUGUAAGAAAGAGAGUAGUGAGGCUGUUUGGGUACUGCCGUAUUGAAUACUCAUGGAGAGCUACUGUCAUAUUGAUAAGGCUACUGGUAAGACUCACAUUUUAAUUUAUGAAUGCCGCAAGGCUCCAGACACAAACUCUCCUAUCGUAUCAAAUUGUUUCACAGGUCAUGCAUAUGCAAUCGCCCAGUUCUAGGGGCUUCUACAUGACCUCAGAGGUAGCCUGACAACGCAACAUACUGAACAAACGGAUAAUUGAGAUUUAGAACUAUCCAGAAACAAUCAGCUUGCCAAAAAGACUUCCAUCGUCUUGAGCUUGAGCGCAGCUCGACAUCUUCACAUCAAAAUUUACUCAGGAAACGAAUCCCUUACAUGGUAUUUUUUACGCAAAAGAUUGCUUCGGUUUGCUCAUCUUGAUAUAUCUACCAAAGAAUUUAUCCUUCCUCAUCGAUAUCUGUCGCUCGUAUUGAUAGGCUGAAGCGACUUUUUGCUGAUGUAAAUCAUGGACGAAAACCAUUGAAAUCCUCCCGUAAAGGAAACCUCUUUAUAGAGUCUAUAUGCGUUCAGGAAGAUGCUGCGUCCUGCAUCCACCAGCUUAUCUCGAGUGAUAAGGGUCUUGCUUCUAUUCAAUCAUCUGUUCGAUUCGACACUUCACCCUCAUUUCUCAACGGCCAUGCGGUCGAGCUUCUCAAGUACCUACAGAACCCUGAGCUGGCGGUCAUUGAAUCCGGAGCUAUUCUCGCCAAGAUAAUUCUCAGCAUCGUGCAGCCGCCAUUCUUUUGGGAUGCUAUAGUCAAAUGUUCUCGAGAUGGUACCUUAGGUCAAGAGAUCUGUCAAGGAUUCGCAUGGCUCCUUCUUCAAUUAAUCACGCUACCAGGAAUUAAUUCAUCGGGUUAUGCUAUAUUUGCAAGAUCUCCCGGCAUUCUAGAUGGAAUUUUGAAGGCUCAAGAUGGACACACAAGGAAUCUCGGUCAGAAAAUCAGCCAUGCUUUACCACUCGAACUGUCAGGUAUAUACGACAGUACCGUGGACAAACCUGGAGGAAGACAUGACAACGAUCACGAAGACCAUCGAAAAAUAUCUCUGUUACCCACAGCAGAUGAGCUCCUGUCAAAUGACCGACCCUAUCUCCGAACUCCUCAAUAUCUCGAGGAUGUUAAGGAUGUUUCGGCAAGAGGCGAAAUCCAUCUUGACAACCAGUUUCGAUUGCUGAGAGAAGAUAUGCUUGGCGAGAUUCGAGAAGAGCUCAUGAUAUUGACUGGGAAAAAAGCCGGUCGCCAUCGAGGUACACUUUUGGAUAUCAAAGGAGUCGCAGGACUGGAGCUGGGAACGGAGCGCAAGAGGGCCCCCUGGGCCAUCGAAUUCCAAACCCAUAUCCCUCUACUCAAGAAUCUGAAGCCUGAGAAUCGCAAGUCAUACUUAAAGGACAACAAGCAUAUCCUUCGGCAUGGAAAUAUUGCAUGUGUAUUGUUAGAUAAUGAGCCCGUGGCGUUUCCGACAAUAUUUCGGGAUGAAGAAAAGCUGGCUCGUGACCCCUCGAUCGUUAUACUACAGUUCCAGAACGAUACCACACUUCCGUAUUUCUUACUGAAGCUGAAGAAUGCAAAGCUGAUGCGUCUUGUUCAACUAGACACUGUCAUAUUCUCUUAUUCUCCCUUCUUGAAUCGACUCCAAGAGAUGAGAAGGAUUCCAUUGGCGGAAGAAAUACUCGCUUGUGACACUGGUAUAAUUGAUGGGCCAACAUUCCAGCCAGUCACUUUGAUCCGAGACUUAAAAUUGCGGCAAAGGGAAGGGAGAGAUCUCCAAUCAAUACUAGGCACCAGGAAGAGUGUCAAAUUGAACGAGUCUCAGAUGAGAUCUCUUCUCGCUUGCAUUAGUCAACGCAUCAGUGCUAUACAAGGUCCCCCAGGUAGCACACACGCCUUAUCACACAUGAUACCGAUUGACUAACAUUUUGUUUAGGCACUGGUAAAUCCUUUGUUGGUGCUUUAGCUGCCAAGGCCCUCCACGACCAUACCAAACAAGUUAUUCUUGUUGUUUGUUUUACAAAUCAUGCUCUCGAUCAAUUCCUCGAAGAUUUACUCGAUAUUGGUAUUCCUCCCGAGGACAUGGGUCGUCUUGGAGGAAAGAGCACCGAGCGCACACGUCCUCUUAUGAUCAGAGAAUAAACAGCUGUCAGACUCGGCACUACACACUGGCGAAGGAUAGACGAACUCAAAAAAACCCUGGAAUACCACGAGAGUCGACUGCGGGACAGCUUUGGUCGUUAUCAUUCCAUGAACGUUCAGAAGCAGCAGAUUAUGGACUACCUUGAAUUUCUGUCUGACGAUAAGUCCUGGUUCGAUGCCUUUACUGUUCCUUUGAACAACGAAAAUGGUAUGACUAGGGUCGGUAAACGGGGUAAAGCCAUGAGUCCCUUUUACCUAUUGGAUCGCUGGCAAACAGGUGGGAAAGAUGCCGGAUCAUUACAACAUCUACAGCCAAGGUCCGCCAAACAGAUUUGGAACAUGGAUCUGGAGACACGUAGAACUACCGUGGAAAUGUGGAGAAAUGCGAUCCUUGAAGACAUUGUUCGUGAGAUUCAACAAGCAGGGAAAGAUUUCAAUGAUGAACAGAUUGCCCUUGACAAAAGUCUUCGCGCAGAGAGAUGCCAGUAUCAUCAAAAGCAAGAGAAUAAUUGCUUGCACGACGAAUGGUGCAGCAAAAUAUGCCCAAGAUAUUCAGUCGGCGCCUCCUGGUAUUGUUCUUGUUGAAGAAGCUGGCGAGAUACUCGAAGCGCAUAUCCUGACUGCCAUGGGCAAGAGUACCGAGCAGCUAAUCAUGAUAGGAGAUCAUAAGCAACUUCGUCCCAAGUGUUCGUAUCCACUGAGUGUUGAGCAAGGAGAUGGGUUUGACCUCAAUCGCUCACUUUUUUAACGGCUGGUUCUCAAGGGUUUUCCACAUGUAACUCUCACAGAGCAGCACCGAAUGCGACCAGAAAUAUCUUCGAUAGUACGCCAUUUAACAUAUCCGGAUCUCACAGAUGCAACCUCGACGCAGAACCGUGAUGAUAUUAGGGGCCUACAGGAUAAUCUCGUCUUCAUUCAUCAUACCUCCCCAGAACUAGUCAUGACCCGCGGUCGAGAGUUGCGAGAUGGGAAUACGGCAUCGAAACAAAACCUCUUCGAAGCGCAGAUGAUUCUCAAAUGUGUUCGAUAUCUUGCUCAACAGGGAUAUGGCUCAGAUAAGCUGGUUGUCUUGACACCUUAUGGUGGGCAGUUGAAACUAUUACGCGAAGAGCUCUCCAAGGAGAAUGAUCCCGUGUUGAACGACAUGGACAAGUUUGAUCUUAUUCGUGCUGGACUUCUUGCGGACUUGGGUUCAAAGACUUCUGGGCCCCGUCUUCGAAUAUCUACUAUUGGUAUGCUUUUCACUUGUCCACAAGCUUUUGUCUUAUUUUUCGUUGGAGUGGCUUAACUUUCGUCCGUAUGGCCCAGGAUACUUAUUCAUAGUUUAAUACUGACAAGAAAAUAGACAAUUACCAAGGAGAAGAAAGUGACAUUGUUCUCAUAUCCAUGACCCGAAGCAACAACUCUCAUGACAUAGGAUUCAUGUCGGCACUUGAAAGAGUCAACGUCUUGCUCUCCCGAGCUCGAAAUGGAAUGAUAAUUUUGGGCAAUUCAGAAACCUUUCUCAACGCUCGGAAAGGACAAGAAGUCUGGCGUGAGGUAUUUGGCCAUUUGAGAGAAAAUGGUCAUAUCUACGAAGGGCUUCCAGUAAAGUGCGAAAAACAUCCCACACGUGUAGCGUUGUUAAGGUCGUCGGAUGAUUUCGAUGCCAAUUGCCCCGACGGUGGAUGCAAAGAACCAUGGUAAUCCCUCUCUCCUCUGCAGUAAUAGAUGAGUGGCUAAUUUCUUGUUACAAGUGGAGCGAUACUCAGCUGCGGCAUUCAUAAAUGUCCAUCCAGUUGCCAUCAAAUUGUUGAUCACUCCAAGAUGAAGUGUAUGAUGAUUAUAAAGGAUAAAUGUCCUAAUGGUCACACCCAACAAUGGUACUGUCAUUCUGGAGCACCUCCUACAGCAUGUCCAACUUGUGAGAGAGAGCGUCGUGCAGCAGAAAGGAAGGCACAAAAAGCGUUGGAAGAAAAGCUUCGCAGAGAAGAGAAGCAGCAAAAGCAUCUUAGGGAAGUUGCAAAGAUACAAGAACAUAUUGACGAGGUCACACAGAGUAUGAAGGAUCUCCAGAUCAAUGCAGAACAUGCGGCUAUUCUCGAACAAAAAAAGAAGGAUCUGUUAGCGGCCAAGGAACUUGCGAAGAAGCAAACAUCAAUACCUCAAAACAAUAGGGUUCCUUCUGAUAACGACCAUCAACAAUCAUCUCAAGAACCUCCCAAGCAGCCCUCCAAACAGCCACAUCUAUCUAAACCUGGCGCAAAAUCCACAUCUGUGAAUUCCAGUGCCUUGGUGGAAAGUCUCAAAGAUUGCCUGACACAUAACAAAUCGAGUGCCAAGACCGAAUGGCAGCGCCAAAAAGACCAAGAUAACGCUAGUAAUGAAGCCAUAGAUGCCAUCAUGGAUAUGAUUGGGUUGGAGGAUGUCAAAUCCCAAGUACUGCGUAUAAAAGCAAAGGUUGAAACUGCCAUCAGACAAGGUACCGACCUAAAAAAGGAGCGUUUAGGAUUGGUCCUACUGGGCAACCCGGGCACAGGUAUAUAAAGUUCAUGUUUGAGAAUAGAUCACUGGCUAAUCGCUUUAGGGAAAACAACGGUUGCACGACUUUACGCCAAGGUUCUGUCCUCCCUCCAAGUUCUCCCUGGCGACGGAUUCAUCGAGACGACUGGAUCUAAGUUAGCCCACGGCGGGGUUUCAGAGGUUCAGUCAAAUUUCAAGAACCUCGAAAAUAGCCAAGGAGGAGUUUUCUUCGUCGAUGAGGCUUAUCAAUUAGCAGAAGGGCAUUCUCAUGGUGGUAAAACUGUGCUGGACUUGCUCCUAGCCGAGAUUGAGAAUUUGACUGGGAAGGUCGUGUUCGUCUUUGCUGGAUACCGUUCCAACAUGGCGAAAUUCUUCGAGCAUAACCCGGGAUUCAGUUCUAGGAUAAAUUAUACACUUCAUUUCGAAGACUAUACCGAUGCAGAACUCCUAAGCAUGUUGCAGCAGAAGAUGCAUCAGUUCUUCAAGAAAACCGGAAUCAGCAUCGAAGACGGGCCGAAUGGGUUGUUUAUGCGUAUUGCAUUCAAGAGACUCGGAAGAGGGAGAGGAAAAGAUGGGUUUGGAAAUGCACGAGCUCUGGAGAACAUGUUCGGCAGAAUUCGCGAGCGACAGGCUGACAGACUAUCAAAGGAGAGGAGGCAGGGUCUACUCCCCAAUGAUUUCCAUAUCUCCAAAGAAGACCUUAUCGGUCCGGAUCCCUCGGAAGCAAUCCUCCAUUGUACUGCUUGGGAUAAGCUUCAAAAGCUGACUGGCCUUAAAACGGUCAAAGAAUCGGUUAGCUUUCUGAUUGAUCUCAUUAAGACUAACUACAAGAGAGAGCUUGAGGAGCAAGAGCCAGUCCAAGUCUCUCUCAACCGCGUUUUCCUCGGGUCACCUGGUACCGGAAAGACCACUGUCGCUAAGUUAUAUGGCAGAAUAAUCUCAGAUCUUGGUUUGCUUAGUAAUGGAGAAGGUAAGUCAAGCUCGUGACUUGCAUCGUUUGCAAGUUGAAAUCAGAGAACUGAUAAAUGGUAAAACAUAGUGGUGGCAAAAGACCCCGCCGAUUUUAUUGGGAACGUACUUGGCCAGUCAGAGGCUAAUACGAAAGCGAUCUUGAACAACAGCAUUGGAAAGGUCCUCAUUAUGGAUGAGGCAUAUAUGCUUCAUUCUGGUUCUGGAGGCAGUGACGGGAAUGGAGGGAGCGAUUCCCUCAAGACGGCAGUCAUUGAUACUAUCGUUGCCGAAGUCCAAAGUGUACCGGGAGAGGAUCGAUGUGUUCUAUUGCUAGGGUACGAGGAUGAAAUGCGUCGUUUCUUUCAGAAUGUCAAUCCAGGACUUACCCGACGAUUUCAACUUUCAGAGGCAUUCCAUUUUGACGACUUUACCGAUUCGGAAUUGCAAGAGAUACUUCUAUGGAAACUCCAAACCCAAGGACUUGGCGCGACAUCACCCGCCAUUUCGACUGCCAUCGAUGUCCUAUCCCGAUUGAGGAAUGGGUUGAACUUUGGAAAUGGUGGCGAUGUUGAGAACCUGAUCUCAAAAGCCAAAGGAUUAUACCAGCUUCGCCAAUCCAAGCUACCUGCCGAGGAGAGGUCCAUUGAUUUUGUUUUCGAGCCUCAAGAUUUCGAUCCGGACUACAAUCGAGCUGCUUCCGCAGAAACAAAUCUACACGAAUUGUUUAAGGGUGUGAUUGGUUGUGAGGGAAUUGUUGAGAAGCUUAGUAAGUUUCUGAGGGUUGCGAAGGGGAUGAGUGCUCAAGGCCUUGAUCCAAGAGGUCAAAUUCCGAUGGCUUUUAUCUUCAAGGGGCCUCCAGGUAAGAGUUUAAUAUAUUUCCCACGCUGAAUUCUAGACUGACAUUGGCUUAUCCAGGUACCGGAAAGACGACCACCGCACGGAAGAUUGGCCAAGUCUAUUAUGAUCUUGGAUUUCUCUCACAAGUCGAAGUAGUCGAGUGUUCAGCGACUGACUUAGUUGGCCAGUACUUCGGUCAUACAGACCCAAAAGUAAUCAAGCAACUCGAGAGAGGUCUCGGAAAAGUGCUGUUCAUUGAUGAGGCAUAUCGCCUCGGCGAAGGACAUUUUGCGCAGGAAGCAAUAGACGAGAUAGUCGAUACCAUGACCAAACCGAAGUUCGUUCAAAAGAUGGUCAUCAUUCUUGCAGGGUACGACGAGGACAUGAAUCGUUUGCUUAGAGUCAACGAAGGACUAAGCAGUCGAUUCGCGGACGAGUUUAUCUUUCCACCUCUCGAUCCCACAAAUUGCCUCCAAUUACUUGAGGCGAAGCUCAAGGAAAGCACUAUCUCGUGUCCUGGUAUGCAAGAUACUACCAUCCGUCAAAGAUUUCUGAUGACUCUGGCGAAACUCUCAAAGCUUCCUGCAUGGGGAAAUGCAAGGGAUGUGCAAACUCUGGCAAAGAGCAUGGUGCGAGCGGUCUACGCGAAUAAUACCGAGAAGAAGGCUCAUCUUAUUCUCUCCUCUGAGCUUGCACUUCAGUGUAUUGACGAGAUGUUGUCUGAUCGUCUAGCUAGGCAGGUCACAAAGCCCGGACAUCGAGCAUUACCUGAUGAUAGCGCCGCCGCUCAGAAGUUCUCACCAGAGGCUUCUGCGCCAGUUUUCAAUAAAUCUACAGCGACAGAGACAAAAACAGACCAGGAUGAACCUGAAGAACCGCAAGGACUGCCUCCUCCAAUAACCGAAGAUACCCGCGAUGAUGGCGUCUCCGAUGCCACCUGUGGGAACAACUUCAGAAAGACAAAAAGCUCGCAGAGCUAGCCAACCAUCAGUUCGAAGAAUCUCAAAGCCAACGAAAGAAAGCCGCAGAAUUCGCCCAAAAGGCCGAAGAAGAAGCUGCGGCACUUGCAGCCGCAUUACGAGAAAAACAAGCAAAAGACGAAGCCGAGGCCAACGAAUUACUUCGUAAGCGAGAAGAAGCGAGAAUUCGGGAAGUAGAGUUGAGAGCAGAAAGAGAGAGGAUCCAGAACGAGAUUAAGAAGAGACAAAUCCAGGAGAUGGUGAGGAGGAAGAAGGAGGAGAGGGCGCAGCAGAAGUUGAGGCAGAUGGGUGUUUGUGUCGCUGGGUUUAGGUGGAUUAAGCAGAGUGGGGGUAUAGGUGUGCGGGAGGGAGUCAUUGGGUUAGUGAUGCGCAGAUCAAUGUUUGAAGAGCUAUGGGAGAUUAUUAUGGGGAUUACUAACCAGAGACUGCGGAAUAUUGGGCAUUGA